UCAGGCUGAAAACAGUGAAGAUGCUGGAGAAGGUGAGGAGUUGGUGGCGGAACUUGAGGUUGCGAUUCCGCAGAGGAAAGGAGCCCCGCGACGACUCUCUUUCCGUCAAGGGUAUCCGCGAGAUCACCCUUCCGACGGAAAGCGAGGAGUCGGUGCGCGUUUCCUCGGUUCUGGUUUCCCUGCUGGGAGAUUCUCGGUUUGAGGAAGGGGGUGGCAAUAUUUUGCCAAGUUCGUCUGAUCACGGGGUCAGUACGGAUCUCUCAUCACUGCUGGUUCUGGCAGACACAUUCUUUGCCGAACCAGACGGGAUUGGUCCGGUCGACGGGAUGGAGUUCGGAGACGUGUUUCGUCUCUGGGACCUGCACAAUAGGGUGCAGGAAGAACUCCAUCGCCGGCCGUACGAUCCGUUUGGUGAUGAGUGGCAUUCGGAACCACCCGAAGAUUUGACGAAGUACGCGUUGUGGGACACUGUGCACUUCGCUAAACACGUGGUGGGCGAGAACCUCUUCGUUCUUCGCCACCCACGUGAGCCGGACGAGACGCCGGUGGAGAAGUUGCGCAGGCUCACCCACUUUCUGGUUGACUUUCCAGCCUAUAGAUUUCCCAGGUGCAAAUCGAAACCUGUGGAGCAAACCUUAAAUAGGCUGCUCACUUCAGCUCGGAGGCAGCGCAUUAUUGUUCCUUUAUGGUUUCGCAACCCCUAGCGAUGCCACCGACCGUGGAAGAGGAGGAGGAGGAAGAGAGACGAUUGGUUUAUUUUCUUUAUUUUAUUACUAACCUAGAUAUAAGACGGCAAGGGGUUUUUUAAUUUUUUUUCCCCUUGUUAUACUAACGCUAGUAAAUUAAGCUAAAGAGAUAAUACGAAGUAAGUUUUUGCAGACUAAUUAUUUUUUAUCAUCUCUUUAGUUUAAUUUAUUUUCAUUAGCCUUUAAGUACUAACCUAGUUUUAAGACGGCAAGGGGUUUUUUAAUUUUUUUCCCCCUUGUUAUACUAACGCUUUACAUCCAAUCGCUAAAAUAACAACACCCCUCACGGUAACACACACGGUUCCAACAACAACACAGUCGUCGCAUCCAUCCACCCACUUUCCAUUCACAAGCUCUGUAAAUUACAUAACUGACA